AAUCACUUAAGUAGCUCAUUAACUUUAAACUUUAAAAGUUGAAACAAAGGCAACCUUCAAGUUGAAUGAACUUUGAUUUUCAAGGCAGCAGGUGAACUUGCAUUUCCAAGUUAAACUAACAUGAAAUGUCUCACAGUGUGUGCAACAUUUUAACUGGAAAUAAAUUAUAAAUGUUACCUAGAAUCUAGAUUAUGUUCAUUACCUGUCGAGUGAUGUUUGUUUAUGCUAAAAUAUAAUUAAAUAAUGUGUUGCAGUGAAUGUGUAGUGAUUAUGCUUACGUGAAUUAUGAUUUGCACUCCAGAACUUCCGUUAAGUCGAUGCUCUCUGGUUUUUGUAGUGUAUUAUAAGACUUUUAAGGUAGUGAAUGUUUCAGUGCACUGGUAGGAUUUUGCGAUUGAGACAGCCAACAGAACAACAUGGCUGAGACAACCAAUGGAACGACAUGGCUGAUAGACAUAAGUGCCCUGAAUACUGAAUGAGGGAGCUGAUUAAGACUCGCACCCAAUGAUUGUUGAAUGCAGAAUGAGUUGCGAUUAUCUGUGUAUGUUUUAUUGUAGGAAUUGGCUGUUUAUGAAAAGAUGCCCAACCAAGUGAAGAUAUCCCAUAAAGAGUUGGAGAGGGAUGGAUUUGGCCCCAAUCCUUUUUACCAGUGUCUUAUAGCUGAGGUACCUGAGGAGCACAUGUCUAAAGAUGGACACACUAAGGUUGGCUAUGCUUUCUUCUUCUAUACGUACAGCACCUGGAAAGGAAGGACUGUGUAUAUGGAGGAUCUGUAUGUGAUGCCAGAGUACAGAGGUAAAGGCAUUGGAAAGGCUUUAAUGGCAACUGUUGCCAAAGUGGCCAAAGAGCAGCAUUGUGUGCGUUUACAGUUCUCUGUACUGGAUUGGAACAAGCCCUCUUUAGACUUUUAUUUAGCUAAAGGUGCAGAGGACCUCACAGCUAAGGAAGGCUGGCAUUUUCUCCGCUUUCAUGGAAUAGCUCUCGAUAAUCUAGCACAGGAAGCACCUUAAAAAACAUUAAGACAUUCAUGUUAUUACCUGACAAGUUUAGGUAAUUUCACUAGGGUUAGUGUGUAUUUUUGGUUUGUGUCUUUUAAUGCUAUAAAUUCAGUGUUAAAAUAAAACAUUUGAGAAAUGAAGAAAAACUAAAUAAAAAUGUAUGGUAAUUUUUUUUGUGCCACUGAUCAAUGCAGACUCAUUUUGA